AUGGUUGAUCUCAGUGGAUACGUCAUCAUCCUUAUUAACGACAAUGGAAAAAUUAAAUUAUAUGGAUCCUCGGCUGACAAUGCCGAGUAUCCGGAAGUCAGCGAUGAAAUUCUGGAGGUCAACGGACGGACACUGGAAAAUGCUACUGAUACUGAAGUCAGUCAGCACAUUCACCAGGUGAUUUUUAUUUUAAUUUUUAUUUGCAUCAGAUCAGGAACAAUUAGUCUUCAGGUGACUAGAAGAGCAGGCCACAAAAUGAAUCAUCAGAGGAAUAGUUUAUUUUUUGAUAUGGAUUUUAAAUUUAUUGAUGAAGAAGAUGAAGAAUUGGAUGGUCCAAAUGCUGAUAAGAUACGUGAUGCCUGGGUGAUUGCAUUAGAAAGAGGCGCAAGAGAACGUUUGCAAAAAUUACCAGCAUUAAAAAAAGUAAAGCCACGUGAUAUCCAGGCAAUAUUACAUCAACAGGAUGAUCAUUAUAGUAACAAAGAAGUUUUAGAAAAACAACGAAAUUAUUCUGACGAACCAAAAUUACUGCAUCCAUCAGUAACGUCAAAAUUAGGCGAAAGACGAUCGAGUAGCCCGUUUCAAAAUGGCAGAACAGAAGUCCUGAUCGGAGAACCAGAAGGUGGACCAAGAUCUCCACGUGGUUCAACUUCUUCGGCGAUUAAUGACUUUCUGAGUACCGACAAUCCAGAACCUAUUUGCAGGGGUCUUGAGGCCCUGAAUGGAACGCCUCCUCCGAUGAGUCAUCCGGACACCGCGAGUUUGGUAUUAGGGUCCCGCCGGCGCAGCGCCACCAGCGUGAACGACAUCCAACUGCAAAACAACAAUAACUCUCCAUCGCUACGUGAAUCAAAGGAUUCACGUAGCCCCCACAUUCCUCCAGAUGAGAUGUGGGUCCCGGGGGUAACCCCGGGUCACCACCGUGAGUUACCAGUCGACGUUCCCGACACUCUUCUCCAGCAAGCGUACGCAAACAAUAAGGUAAUCUUACCACUGUCACCUCCCCCGGCACCACCACUACCAAAAACAACCGACUCUCCAGUAGCAGUAACAGUUUACCCGUCGACAAAGUUAACUACCACCACCAACAACAACAACAACAACAACAACAACAACAACAACAACAACAACCAGCGGCCCGGAAACGAUUUGCCGCUUUCAGACCUGCGCGAGCUAACCCUAAACAUUAAAAACGAUUCAUCUUAUCACCACAAAAACCUUCAUCAUACCCCGCGAAAUAACCUAGACGCUGCGCUCCCAGUCAACGAUCUCUCCGGCUUCACUCACUUAAUCGAAAUAACAGUUGACAAAAAUUCAGAUAACUCCAGCAACGACUCCACCACCAAGUCGCCGAUCCUCUCGAUAUUCGACGAGAUAGACAGUCCGACCAGCAACCACUCUCACCUUCAGAUAAAGGAGUCCAACGUUGACAUCGACGACGACUACCCUUUCGCCAAAGAAGACUAUCCCACCAUGCUAAAGACCUGCAGCGACGAUUCCGCGAGUCCUAGGUCUUCCUCAGGCCGGUCUGACUCGACAACCGCUUUAGAUACUAGUCUAAUAAUCCCCGGAAAAGAGUCUCCGCUGUACGACGCGAGAAGAAUAGACCUGGGCUCUCCCUGUCGCACUAUUCCGGAUCUCAGUAUCUACGGAAUGACCCGCGAGACAACCUCCUUUGAUAAUCCAGCCUACGGACUGGAUUUGCAUCAAGGUUUGCUGAUCCGGUCUGAUGAAGUCCUAGAUCUUAGAAUCAUCGGAGACAAUUGCAAGAACUGCGAGAUAAUUCCCAUCGGAAAGCCUGAAAAAUCUCUGGGUAAAAAAAAGAAACCUAAGAACACUUCUAGCUUUGAUGUAGAUCUAAUUGCUGCCAAGUCUACCGAUGAUCUGCUGGCUGCUGAUCUCACGGGGUUCGUUGCUAGAACCAGCAUCAAGAAACCCCCGAAAAAAAGCAACCUUCCAGUGCUUCCAACUCCUCCGCCUUUGCCUCCGCAGGUUCCGACUAUCAACGGGUAUUCCACUUUGAGAAAUGACAGCCACAAGAGCAGCUCUCGAGGAUUUAGAGAAGUCGCAGUUGAUUGUCCUCCGGACUUUAUUCCGGUGACUAAAAGCCACCCGAUUUACCCGCCUCCGAACAAGCUCGAGGCGAAGAAUAAAAACAGUGAUAGCAAAGUAUUAACUGAUAGGAGCAAAUCUAAAGAGAGUGUGGUUGCGUUGGAUGACAAUGAUGGGCAAAAGGUAAGACUAAAAAGUCUUAAGCACCCGGGUAAGCUUUUAACACCACGACCAAUUUCUGUAUUGUCUAACACUAUUCCUAACAUAAGCCCUAACAAGAUUAUGAAAAAUCGAAAAACUCUUCCGAUGUCUUACAGACUUUCUGAUGACGAUAAAGCCGCUAAUUUUGCACUGAUGAUUGAUGAUGACAACUCCUGUGUUGGGUUAUCAUUCUCGAGACUCUAUAGCUUUCGAAACGAGAGCUUUGAUAAUAAAACAAACAGCAUCAAGUCGAUGGUUAAUAACAAUGAUGAUGUUUUGGGUACAGAUAGGGAUUUUGAUCAGUCUAAAGGUAAUGGCGUUAAACCAUUAUUACCACCGAGAGAUCAAAAACGUGCGCCGGCUCGCCCGCCAAAAGAUAACCUACGUUUAUCCACGCGUAAUAGUACUAUUAAUGAUAACAAUGACAAUACUAGUAGUAAUACCGGAAUAGAAUCAUCGAUAGUAUCACAACCGACGCCACAGCAAUUGCAAACGAUCCAAAAAUACAAGGAACAAUUGAGACAGCGCAAAGACUUUGAGGAGAGACGGGAAUUUCUGAACCAAUCUUUGCGCGGUUCACAGAAACUCCAUGCUCUUGAGAGCCAUGCCAAACAACUUGCUGGACAGGAAAAUCCGGCUUACAGCCAAGAUGAGGUUACAAACACUACGGGGAAUGUACGGAAGGAAAAAGAACAAACUUCGGGUCAAGCUAGUCCGAAAGUUGCUGCUGAUGAAUUGCCAGCAGAAGAUCCGAAAAUUUUAUCAACUCUGGAAAGAUUACAAUUACAAUUAAGGAAUCUAUCAGGUGCCUUAGGUAUAUCAGGACCAGGAGUAGAAGCCGAAUUAGAAGCAGUCCGUUCAUUAGUCCAACAGCGUCGUUUCGCGACGGCAUUAGCGACCCACAAUUUUAUAAAAACAAAACUUCAUACCGGAAAAUUGCACAAAGCUUACAAUGAUGACGCGUCAAAUUUAGCGCGUGAUUGCGUUGAAUUAUUCGAAGAAUGUCAAACAACCCAGACUGUUAAAUCGCCCGAAACAUUAGCGAUAAUUGAAGAAUUAACUGGGUUAUUAACCAGUUAUGACAUGGAAGGAUUAUUAUUUGCUCACGAUUCAAUAAUUUCAUAUUGCGACGGCAUACAAUUAAAAGACGGUCCAUUGUCAUCGUCAGCAAGUGAGCAAUCAUUAAGUCGUCAUUCGAGUUUGCGUGACUCGUUGCGUAAUACCGAUAAUAUUAAAAUAAUUAAAAUAGAAAAAACCAAUGAACCACUUGGUGCUACUGUACGUAAUGAGGGAGAUGCUGUCAUCAUAGGACGCGUUGUCCGUGGAGGCGCUGCUGAUAAAUCAGGGCUGUUUAAUGAAGGCGAUGAAGUACUUGAAGUUAAUGGCGUUGAAAUGCGUGGAAAAAGUGUUAAUGAAGUGUGCGACAUACUCGCUAGCAUGCAAGGCAGCUUAACAUUUAUAGUUUUACCAGCUUCGGCAGUCGUCCGCAGUAACAGUGACAGUAGUAGACUUGAAGAUAAUAAUUUGAUACAUCACGUAAGAGCGCACUUUGAUUACGAUCCUGAAGAGGAUCCUUACAUCCCAUGCCGUGAAUUGGGUAUAAGUUUCCAGAAGGGCGAUGUAUUGCACGUAAUAUCUCAAGAUGACUCUAAUUGGUGGCAGGCUUAUCGUGAAGGCGAAGAAGAUCAAACUUUAGCCGGCUUAAUACCAAGCCAAGCGUUUCAACACCAUCAUAAAAGGCCAAUAGUACUUAUAGGACCGCCGAAUAUUGGACGCCAUGAAUUGAGACAACGUCUAAUGCAAGACAGCGAACGUUUUGCUGCAGCUAUACCACAUACAAGUAGACCACGAAAAGGAUCUGAAGUUGACGGGCAGGAUUACCACUUUAUAACCCGGCAGCAGUUCGAGACAGACAUCGUGGGUCGUAAAUUUGUGGAGCAUGGGGAGUAUGAAAAAGCUUAUUACGGUACAUCUAUCGAAGCAAUACGUAGUGUCGUUAAUUCCGGUAAAAUUUGUGUAUUAAAUUUACAUCCGCAGAGUUUAAAAAUAUUACGUAAUUCGGAUUUAAAACCUUAUGUCGUGUUUGUCGCACCACCUAGUUUAGAAAAGUUGAGGCAAAAGCGAAUUAAGAACAAUGAAAAUUACAAAGAAGACGAGCUUAAAGAUAUUAUUGAAAAGGCACGCGAUAUGGAAGACAAGUACGGACAUUUAUUUGAUAUGAUUAUUAUUAAUAAUGAUACCGAUCGUGCUUACAAUCAACUUUUAACAGAAAUUAAUUCUUUGGAGAGAGAGCCUCAGUGGGUACCUGCCACUUGGGUUCAGUGA